CCCCCCCUCACGGGCCAGGUAAGGCCUCGCCUCCUCCGGUGUCCGCAGGCUCGACGUCCGGCACCGCCGUCCACCUCGAUACGGAUUACGCUGUAGUGCAAGAUAGAGCUGCUUCUUGAGGAGAUCGUCUGCCUUGUAUCGCAGGAAGGCUUGCUGAAGCGGCACACGCCGGCCGACUCCUCUCCGAAAGAAGCCCCCCACGAAAGAAGCGAUGGCCGAGGACCCCGAUCCCACUGAGUACCUGUACGUCUCUCUCGAGACCAAGCGCAAGGACCAGACAAAGCCCUACGAUGGCAAGAAGAUGGUCUGGGUGCCCGACGAGAAGGAGGGCUUCGUCCUGGGCAACAUCGUCUCCACCAAGGGCGACAUGGUCACCGUCGACUGCCCCGGCGGAGAGCGCUCCGUCAAGAAGGACAUUCUUCAGCAGGUGAACCCACCAAAGUAUGAGAAGUGCGAUGACAUGUCCAACAUGACGUACCUCAACGAUGCCUCGGUGCUGCACAACCUCAAAGAGCGCUACUACGCUAAUCUCAUCUACACGUACUCAGGCCUGUUCUGCGUGGCCAUCAACCCCUACAAGCGCUUCCCCAUUUACACCAAGCGCGUCGUGGACAUCUACAAGGGCCGCAGGCGUACGGAGGUGCCUCCCCACGUGUUCGCCGUCUCCGAUGGAGCCUACAUGGACAUGUUGGCGAACCGUGAGAACCAGUCCAUGCUUAUCACUGGCGAGUCUGGUGCCGGUAAGACUGAGAACACGAAAAAGGUCAUAGCCUAUUUCGCGCACGUCGGUGCCACGAGCAAGAAAGAGGAGGCGGCAAAGGAGGCCGCAAGGAAGGACAAAAAGAAGGGCAACUUGGAAGACCAGGUUGUGCAGACCAACCCCGUUCUCGAGUCCUUCGGUAACGCCAAGACCGUGCGUAACGACAACUCUUCGCGUUUCGGUAAAUUCAUCCGUAUUCACUUUGGCCCCAUGGGCAAGCUGGCCGGUGCUGACAUUGAAACAUAUUUGCUGGAGAAAGCUCGUGUCAUCUCUCAGCAGCCUGCUGAGCGCUCGUACCACAUCUUCUACCAGCUCAUGUCAGGAAAGAUCCCUGGGCUGAAGGAGAAACUGCUCCUUAGCAACAACGUCAACGACUACCAUUUCGUGUCCCAGGGUAAGACUAGCAUCCCCGGCCUUGACGACGGCGACGAGUUUCUGGUUACCGACACUGCCUUCGACGUGUUGGGCUUCACGGAUGAGGAGAAGGAGAACAUCUACAAGGUCACGGCUGCCGUGAUGCACUUCGGCUGCCUGAAGUUCAAGCAGAGGCCCCGAGAGGAGCAGGCCGAGGCCGAUGGCACUGAGGAAGGCGAGCGCGUCGCCCACCUGCUGGGUCUGAACGCCGCCGACCUCUACAAGAACCUGCUCAAGCCGCGCAUCAAGGUCGGCACGGAGUUCGUCACCCAGGGCAGGAACAUCACUCAGGUGACGGCUUCCGUGGGCGCCCUGGCCAAGGCCAUCUUCGACAGGCUGUUCAAGUGGCUGGUCAAGCGUGUCAAUGAGACGCUCGACACCAAGCAGAAGCGUCAGCACUUCAUCGGUGUGCUGGAUAUCGCUGGUUUUGAGAUCUUCGACUACAACGGCUUCGAGCAAAUUUGCAUCAACUUCACCAACGAAAAGCUGCAGCAGUUCUUCAACCACCACAUGUUCGUUCUGGAGCAAGAAGAGUACAAACGCGAGGGCAUCGAGUGGGUCUUCAUUGACUUCGGUCUCGAUCUCCAAGCUUGUAUCGAGCUUAUUGAGAAGCCUAUGGGUGUGCUCUCCAUCCUGGAAGAGGAGUCUAUGUUCCCCAAGGCUUCUGACAAGACCUUCGAGGAAAAACUGAAGACCAACCAUCUUGGCAAGUCACCAAACUUCAUCAAGCCGAAGCCACCUAAGCCUGGCCAGGCUGAGGCUCACUUCGCCAUUGUCCAUUACGCCGGCACAGUGGCCUACAACCUCAGCGGCUGGCUGGAGAAGAACAAGGACCCUCUGAACGACUGCGUCGUUGACCAGUUCAAGAAGGGCUCCAACGCACUGCUGCAGUCCAUCUUUGAGGACCACCCCGGCCUGGGCGCCACUGAGGACAAGGGUGGAAAGGGCGGUCGCAAGAAGGGUUCCGGCUUCCAGACUGUGUCUGGUCUGUACAGGGAGCAACUGAACAAGCUCAUGACCACCCUGCGCUCCACGCAGCCCCACUUUGUCCGAUGCAUCAUCCCCAACGAAACCAAAUCCCCAGGCGUCAUCGACUCUCACCUUGUCAUGCAUCAGCUCACUUGCAACGGUGUACUUGAAGGCAUCCGUAUCUGCCGUAAGGGCUUCCCCAACAGGAUGAUCUACCCUGACUUCAAGCAGCGAUACGCCAUCCUUGCCGCUAACGUGCUCCCUAAAGGAUUCGUGGAUGCACGUGCCGCCACAGAGAAGCUCAUGGCCGCCAUCAAACUUGACGAGGGCGAGUAUCAGCUCGGUCUCACCAAGAUCUUCUUCAGAGCAGGCGUCUUGGGUCGCCUUGAAGAAUUGCGUGAUGAGCGGCUCGGCAAAAUCAUCACCAUGAUUCAGGCCGCUGUGCGCUGGUACCUCAGCAAGAAGCACUUCCAGAAGCUCAAGGAACAGAGAGUCGCGCUGCUGGUCAUUCAGCGCAACCUUCGCAAGUUCCUCCAGCUGCGCAACUGGCUGUGGUGGAAGCUGUACAGCAAGGUCAAGCCCCUGCUCUCGGUCGCCCGCGUGGAGGAUGAGCUCAAGGCGCUUGAGGAGAAGCUCAAGAAGACUCAGGAGGCGCUGGAGAAGGAGGAGAAGCUACGCAAGGAGCUUGAGGGCCAGAACGUCAAGGUCCUGCAGGAGAAGAACGACCUCUUCCUGCAGCUUGAGGCCGAGCGCAUGGGUGCCGGCGACGUCGAGGAGCGCCUCAACAAGGCUCUCACCCAGAAGGGUGACCUCGAGUCCCAGCUGCAAGACCUGAACGACAGGCUGUCCCACGAGGAAGACGCACACGCUCAGCUGUCGCAAGCCAAGAAGAAGCUCGAGAACGAGGUAUCUAGCCUCAAGAAGGACAUCGAGGACAUGGAACUGGCUCUGCAGAAAGCGGAACAGGACAAGGCAACCAAGGACCACCAGAUCCGCAACCUCAACGACGAGAUUCAGCACCAGGACGAGCUCAUCAACAAGCUCAACAAGGAGAAGAAGCAGCUGCAGGAAACGAACCAGAAGACCGCCGAGGACCUGCAGGCCACCGAAGACAAGGUGAACCACCUCAACAAGGUCAAGGCCAAGCUAGAGCAGACCCUGGACGAGCUGGAAGACUCGCUCGAGCGCGAGAAGAAGGCACGUGCCGACCUCGAAAAGAACAAGCGCAAGGUUGAAGGAGAUCUCAAGCUCGCUCAGGAAGCGGUUGCCGACCUGGAGAAGCACAAGAAGGAGAUGGAGCAGAACCUUCAGCGCAAGGAGAAGGAGAUGGCCAGCCUGGCUGCCAAGCUGGAGGAUGAGCAGGCGCUGGUCGCCAAGCUGCAGAAGCAGAUCAAGGAACUGCAGGCCCGCAUCGAGGAACUGGAAGAGGAGCUGGAAGCUGAACGCCAGGCCCGCGCCAAGGCUGAGAAGCAGCGCGCCGACCUUGCUCGUGAGAUCGAGGAGCUGAGCGAGCGCUUGGAGGAGUCCGGCGGUGCCACGUCAGCCCAGGUGGAGCUGAACAAGCGUCGCGAAGCCGAACUCGCCAAGCUCAGGCGCGACCUCGAGGAGUCCAACCUGCAGCAUGAGCAGGCCAUGUCCAACCUGCGCAAGAAGCACAACGACUCAGUUGCCGAACUCUCUGAGCAGAUCGACCAGCUCAACAAGCACAAGGCCAAAGUUGAAAAGGAGCGUGCCACCCUGUCUGCCGAAGUGUCCGACCUCCAAUCCCUCCUGGACCACAGCAACAAGUCACAGGCUAACGCUGAGAAACAGGUCAAGCAGCUGGAGGUGCAGCUCGCCGACGCCCAGUUCAAGCUCGAUGAAACGAACCGCACCCUCAACGACCUGGACGGUUCCAAGAAGAAGAUGGGCGUUGAGAACAGCGAAUUGCAACGGCAGCUUGAGGAGGCCGAGUCGCAGGUGGCACAGCUCAAUAAGAUCAAGGCUUCACUCGCCACGCAGCUCGAAGAGGCCAAGCGGCAAGCCGACGAGGAGGCUCGGGAGCGCGCUGCUAUUCUCGGCAAGUACCGCAACCUGGAGCAUGACCUGGACAACCUGCGCGAGAGCAUCGAAGAGGAACAGGAAGCUAAGGCUGACUUCCAGCGCCAGCUCAGCAAGGCCAACGCCGAGGCUCAGCUCUGGCGCUCCAAGUACGAAAGCGAGGGUCUGGCACGCCUGGAGGAACUCGAGGAAGCCAAGCGCAAGCUGCAUGCCAAGCUCCAGGAGGCUGAAGAGGCCAUGGAGCAGCUGAACGCCAAGUGCAGCGGGCUCGAGAAGACCAAGGCACACCUGCAGGGAGAGCUGGAGGACAUGUCCAUCGAGGUGGACAAAGCCAACGCUCUUGCUGCCUCUCUCGAGAAGCGCCAGAAGUCGUUCGACAAGGUCAUCGCCGAAUGGAAGGCCAAGGUGGACGACCUUGCCGCCGAGCUGGACGCGUCUCAGAAGGAGUGCCGCAACUACUCCACCGAAGUGUUCAAGCUGCGUGCCGCCUACGAGGAGAGCCAGGAACACUACGAGUCUGUCAAACGUGAGAACAAGAACCUGCAAGAUGAGAUCAAGGACCUCAUGGACCAACUUGGCGAGGGCGGCCGAAGCGUGCACGAGCUCGAGAAGUCGCGUAAGAGGCUCGAGAUGGAGAAGGAAGAACUGCAGGCUGCUCUCGAGGAGGCCGAGGCCGCGCUUGAGCAGGAAGAGAACAAGGUACUGCGGGCACAGCUCGAGCUGUCGCAGGUGCGGCAGGAGAUCGACCGGCGCAUCCAGGAGAAGGAGGAGGAGUUUGAGAACACGCGCAAGAACCACCAGCGGGCGCUCGACUCUAUGCAGGCCAGUCUCGAGGCUGAAGCCAAGGGCAAGGCCGAGGCGCUCAGGCUCAAGAAGAAGCUGGAGAGUGACAUCAACGAGCUCGAGAUCGCUCUGGACCACGCCAACAAGGCCAACGCUGAAGCACAGAAGAACCUCAAGAAGUACCAGCAGAACGUCAAGGACCUGCAGACCGCCCUCGAGGAGGAGCAGCGCGCCCGGGACGAGGCCCGCGAACAGUACGCUUCGGCUGAACGCCGCUGCAAUGCCCUUCACGGCGAGCUGGAGGAGAGCCGCCAGCUGCUGGAACAGUCGGACCGCGCCCGCCGCGCCGGCGAAGCCGAACUCAGCGAGAUGCACGAGACGGUUAACGAACUGUCGGCGCAGACCGCUUCCCUGUCUGUGGCCAAGAGGAAGCUCGAGGGAGAGAUGCAGGCUCUGCAGGCCGACUUGGACGAGGUGCUGAACGAGGCCAAGCAGUCGGAGGAGAAGGCCAAGAAGGCGAUGGUGGACGCUGCCCGUCUUGCCGACGAACUGCGCGCCGAGCAGGACCACGCGCUGCAGCAGGAGAAGCUGCGCAAGGCGCUUGAGCAGCAGAUGAAGGAGCUACAGGUGCGCCUGGACGAAGCCGAGGCCGCUGCGCUCAAGGGCGGCAAGAAGAUCAUCCAGAAGCUGGAGCAGAAGGUGCGUGAGCUGGAGAACGAGCUCGAGAACGAGCAGCGCAGGCACGGAGACGCCGCCAAGAACUUCCGCAAGAGCGAGCGCCGCAUCAAGGAGCUGCAAUUCCAGGCCGAAGAGGACCGCAAGAACCACGAGCGCAUGCAAGACCUGGUCGACAAGCUCCAGCAGAAGAUCAAGACGUACAAGCGCCAGAUCGAGGAGGCCGAGGAGAUCGCGGCGCUCAACCUGGCCAAGUUCCGCAAGGUGCAGCAAGAACUCGAGGAUGCCGAGGAGCGCGCCGACAUGGCCGAGAACACACUGGCCAAGCUUCGCGCCAAGAACCGCAGCUCGGCGUCAGCCGGCCGUGCCAUGUCACCCGGACUGUCCUCCGCCCCACCCCUCAGGACCUAAGCACAACGACGCCUUAUCUACUUGUCUUUCUUCUGACCCCCUGCCACGACUAUCACUACCACUAUUACGGCUGCUCGCAAGCGGCGAGCAAACGACGGAACAAUAAACGACACUUUCCAAGA